UGCCUUCUACAGGGGUUUAUGAUUGGUGCCUAUGAGGAAGACACUCCCACAGCUUGGCUAUUAUUAAGUUCCAGGUUCUGUGUGAGACGGCCAACCUCAGACCACCGUUCGCCAGCCCAACCACUGACACGGUGAGUGUCCACUAACACCGUCCUCAUCCAACCGGGCUGCGCCACCCACGGCCAACCCCACCUCAUUCCCAGCCCCUCACCCCGCGGCAUCAUGGGGGACGUAGUCCAGAUGCACUUCUCCACGCCGGACUAUGUGAUCUUCGCCCUGCUGCUGGUGGCGUCCACGUGCAUCGGCCUGUUCUACGCCCUGUCCGGCGGGCGCCAGCGCACCACGCAGGAGUUCCUAUUGGCCGACCGUUCUAUGAGCUGCCUGCCCGUGUCGCUCUCGCUGCUCGCCACCUUCCAGUCGGCCGUGGCCAUCCUGGGAGUGCCCUCGGAGAUCUACACCUACAGAACGCAGUACUGGUUUAUGGGAGUCUCCUACUUCCUGGGUCUGCUUGUCCCCGCCCACAUCUUCAUACCUGUCUUCUACAGGCUCCGCCUCACCAGCGCUUAUGAGUAUUUGGAGCUGCGCUUCAAUAAGACGGUUCGCAUCAUGGGCACCGUGACCUUUAUCUUUCAGAUGGUGAUCUAUAUGGGAGUGGUCCUCUAUGCACCAGCACUCGCACUCAAUGCAGUGACUGGAUUUGACCUCUGGGGGGCAGUGCUGGCCAUGGGUCUGGUGUGCACCCUGUACACAACAUUAGGAGGGCUGAAGGCAGUCAUCUGGACAGACGUGUUCCAGACCAUUGUGAUGUUUGCUGGCCAACUCGCGGUCAUCAUAGUGGGGGCCCACCAGGCAGGAGGCAUGGGAGAGGUGUGGAGGAAAGCCAUCAACGGCAGCCGCAUCGCUAGUCUGGACCUGAACCCUGACCCGACGGAGAGGCACACGUUCUGGACGCUGGGGGUGGGCGGGGUGUUCCUCAUGCUGGCGCUGUACGGGGUCAACCAGGCCCAGGUCCAGAGGUACCUCAGCUCCCGCACUGAGAGGGAGGCGGUCAUGUCGUGCUACGUGGUGUUUCCCUGCCAGCAGGUGGUGUUGUGUCUGGGCUGUCUGAUGGGCCUGGUGAUGUUUGCUCGUUACGGUGAGGAUAGCCCACUGGAUAAGGGUUACGUCAAAACCAACGACCAGAUGGUGCUGUACUUUGUGAUGGAUGUGUUCAGGGACCUGCCUGGCCUACCAGGGCUGUUUGUCGCCUGCCUGUUCAGCGGAGCUCUCAGUACCAUCUCAUCAGCGUUUAACUCCCUAGCGACGGUAACCAUGGAGGACCUAAUCAAGCCUUACUGCCCGGACAUGACUGAGGCCAAAGCCACACUGCUCUCAAAAGGCCUGGCGUUUGCCUACGGGCUGGUGUGUCUGGCCAUGGCCUACACCGCGUCUCACAUGGGCUCAGUGCUGCAGGCAGCAUUAAGUAUCUUUGGGAUGGUGGGUGGUCCUCUCCUCGGCGUCUUCUGUCUGGGAAUGUUCUUCCCCUGCGCUAACUCCACUGGUGCGAUAGUAGGGUUGGUGGCAGGCCUGGUUAUGUCGUUCUGGAUUGGCAUUGGUCAUUUCGUGUCCCGUAUGGCGCUGCCCACUACUCUGCCCCCCAUCAUCAACGGCACCGCUAUGCCCCUCCCCGGCAACAUGACCACUGCUGUCAUGACCACCCUCAUUACCUCGAUCACCGCCAAACCAAAGCCUACGGGUGUGCAGGCCCUGUACAAUCUAUCCUAUUUGUGGUACAGUGCCCACAACUCUACCACUGUGGUGAUAGUGGGACUGAUAGCCAGCCUGUUGACUGGUCCUAUGAAGGAGAAGGACCUGCUCCCAGGGACGGUGUACCCUGUCCUGGGCAACCUGCUCUUCUUCCUGCCUGAACGCUACAGGGAGAUACUCUGCUGUGUCACCCCACUGCCGCAGAAGCCCAAAGCUAUCAACACGCAUCCUUACCAGAUGGCUCGGAAGGAGAGCAAUGGAGUGUCCCAUCCCAAAGAGAAGGAGAAGACUGAGGAGACGGAGAGAGAGAAGGAUGAGGACGAGGAGACAGCAACCCCUCAGCCUUCCUGCCGACUGGCUCACACGUUGCAGGAGACGGCCUUGUAGACCCCCCCCCCCCCAACACACACACACAGCCCCCAGCCAAGCCCCAGCACUUUCACAAGCCCCCCUACUGCGCAGCUUUCUUUGCCCCAGGGGAGAAGAUCCACAUAGGACCGGAGGGCAAUGGAGACCCAGGGUUCCUGGACAUGACUUCCAUCAAGCACCACAGGGUCAAUGUGGAGGAACAGGGAGUUUCACCUCUGACCCUUACUUCCUGGAAAAACUGAUACACCACAAAUCUCUGGUGGUUAAGAGAGUCAGAACCAGAGUCCUUUGCUAGAUUGAAGAAUAGUGUAAUAAAAUGUGGUUCGUGGAUGGGGGUCCAGGGGUAUCUUGAAUUCAUUAGUACCUCAUUAACGAAGGCACUGGUCAGUUGUCCUGAACUGAAGUAACUGGAAAUCACUAGUUAUGAAGCUGGAGUUUUGAGAAGAGCCAAAAUGUCUGAAUCGAGGUGGAUUCCUGGAUGGAGAAAAACUAAAGUAACACAAGUGGCAAUCAUGUUCAGAGCUGAGGAGAAGUCUCGUUGGACUGAACCAAAGCCUGGACUGUGAUUGUGUCCAAUUAUGAUUGAAAGAUUGUGACCGCACAUGCUCACAAUGAGUUGUUCCAAUGACUGUGAAAAUGGACCCAAGUCUUUCUGUUUAUGGAAGAGAAUCAGAUAGAGACCAGGCAGUGAAGAGCGAGGUACUUCAGAUGUAAUGUCACUGCAUGUUAUUUUUAUAGAGAAGAUUAAGCAUGUACGUCAGAUGGACUAAGAAUAUUACAAAAUAUUUGAUGUCCCAGUAGACAACUUAAGGCAUAGUGACCGUGUUCUAGCGCCUUUUCACAUAUGAAAUUCGGUAUCCUAGAUCGGUUUCCUGAAUUGUGACAAUCUACAAAAUACAUUUUGCUUUCUCAAGAUCUGAAAAUAACCGUUUCAGAAUGUGAUUAGCGAGACACAUUCUACAUGACGUUAGGAAGCUAGCUUGUUAACAACGGGCAAAAAGUUUCACACGACUCGCGCUGCUGCGUCACAAUACCUUGUACUCUGGUCCUGGAACUUGGACCCGCCACUCACCCAGGUCCAGGAUCAGUUUGAGCCAGGGCUCAUUUGCGUUUCACAUGUUCUAUAGCUCGGAUCAGGUACCAAAUGCUCUAGGAUACGGAUCAUACAGAAAUAUGUGAAAGCGCCCUUCAUCGAUAGCUUUGGUUUCUUAAGCUCCGUACGUCUGUUUGCCUUACAUGGCCUUGGUUUAACGUUUGCCUUUUCAAGCUGCAAUAGUAAAUGAAUACGUACUUAGAUAAGAGCGAGAUAAGUGCUGCAUACAGAUCUAUAGAGCACAAGCGAUCACCCUCAUUUGCCAUUAACUGGGAUCACGUUUUUCGAGAGAGAAAGGUCAUUGAGUCUACUCUACUUACUUCAUUGAGACAACCAGACAAACUGUUGGUUAGCUAGUGACAUUAUUGAAUGUAGAAUACCAUCUCCUCUCAAUGCAUCCACACUGGUUGCAUUGAAAAACUCCCCCUCACCUUUGGAAAUGAUACUAACCUUUCCCUUUCAGAAUGAUACUUCAUCUCUGUAUAGCCAGCCUAGUUUUCUUAAUGUCACAGGAACCAAGGCGUUCUUCUGAAGCGCUUUAUGCACUCUCUUUACACAGGUCAUCCCCUGAGAGGGUACUCAUUUUCGUUACCUGUAAUAGGAGCCCAUCGUUAACAGAAGCUCAGUAAAUCAAAUCAAAAAAUCAUUGUCACAUGCGCCAAAUGCAACAGGUGUAGUAGACCUUACAGUGAAAUGCAUACU